GCACUUCCAUUCCUUCUCUUUUUAUUGCAAUCCGAAUCAAGAUAUCAAAUUAAGCUACUUAUAUUAUUAGUGUGUUCAAGUUCAACAUGGGAGGGCAUAUUUUUCUUCUCCGCGCUUUCUCUUCAAGGUCAAGGUCCACAAUUUUGAAGUCAUUAGCUGCAUGUCAUUACACAACCAACCAGUUGGAAAUGGAACUCUUUCUUUGAUCAAUGUUGGAAUUCGGACUUGAUUGCUAUGCUAUCUGAAAUUUCAAUGAAGAGAUAUAAGAGCCAAGGGAGCAAGGGAGAGCACCACCACGGCCACGCAGGUAUAGAAGAGAGAGCACCUUCUACGGCUGAGGAGUUCAAGAGAGUGGCGGAGGAGAAGCGGAAGGCAGUGGAGAAGCUGAAGGUGGCGGAGCAAGGUGUGGCCAGCCAGACAGCGGACAAGGCAUACGAUGGGACAGAGGAAGCUAUCUUGGGUGACUCUAACGUUGAAUCUGUCAAGAACAGGUACAAGGAACAUGAGCCCGGGGCUGACUACAGAAGGAGGCCACAUGACGACUAAAACAUUUUUUUUGGGUCUAAUUUAUGGUUAGUUUGAUAUUACUGUGUUUUUUUUAAAAAAAUUGUUUCUACUGUGAUAUGAGAAUAAAUUGCUGUAAAAUAAAGUUGUUGAGUGUUUGGUAAUU